AGACGUCAUUUUCGUUUCAGGAAUACAUCACGGGUUUACUAGUAACACUAUGCAGCACAUUUCAUGUGCACUAGCAUCGCGUAAACAGUAGCGUGUGUCAACUUGAGGGUUCGCGCUGCUUUGUUUGGAGACGCUGCUUUUGCUGAAAGUAGAAAGCAGAGCAAUGAGAGCAUGACGCCAUGAGCUGAGCUCUGAAACGUUUGAGAUCAAAGGCACCGCAGUUGAGAUCAAAGGUACCGAACGCCGCGGUUACAUCUGUUGCCAUGCAGCAGUCAGAGAGCGGCGGAGGGGCGGCGACUUCUGAAGUCCAGCUCAACGACCAGCCCAACGCGCUCAUCGCCUGUAAAGUGCCCGAAGAGGUUUUUAAUGAGCAGCAGUUAAAGGAGCAGUUUGAGGCUUUGUUCCGUGCGUUUGAUCCAGGCACGUCCUUCCAAUUCUUUAAAAGCUUCAGACGGGUUCGGAUCAACUUCACUGAUGUGUUGGCAGCAGCCGAGGCCAGAGUCAAACUCCAUAAGAGUGAGUUCAAUGGAAAGGAGAUGCGUCUGUAUUUUGCUCAGUCGGUACAUAUCGGCAGUCCUCGCCUUGAGCCUCCUAAACCAGAGAAGCAGUUCCUCAUCUCUCCUCCGGCGUCACCCCCUGUAGGCUGGGCACAGUCGCAGGACGCUAUGCCAGUCGUCAACUAUGACCUGCUGUGUGCCGUGUCUAAACUAGGACCAGGAGAGCAGUAUGAGCUACACACUGGAACCACCAACACACCCAGUGUGAUCGUACACGUGUGUGAGGACGACAGCUCAGACGACGAAGAUGAAACUGCAGAGAGCAGCAAACGCAUGCGUCCCAAGAUCAUCCAGACCCGUCGCCCGGACUAUGUCCCAUCUGUGAAUCAGUGAGCGGGUAAUUCUGGGCCGUUUAUUCUUCACAACCAACACGGGAAUUACUAGGAAACAUGCAGUCAUGCAGUUCGUCAUCCUCACCACCGGGGAGAUCGGCGAGCAUCAAAUCCUCUUCCUAGUUAGUGAGGGAGUCGACCAUCCUCAUAAUCUCGUGUUUCAUUUCUUAACAUCCAUCUCUGAUGGAGUCAGAGACUUUGAGGACUUGGGAGAGUUUCUCUCGUCUUAUGAAUGUCAUUAUUUGCUUGACGUCACAACUGUGUAUUUUAAUUAUCCGAGAGAAAAGCAACAGAAAAAUCUGAUUUACAGAAGGUUUUUGUGUAGCGCAAACAAACUGAACAUUGUGUCUGAAGUGUGUAUCAUUCGGGGCCACUAUUAUAUACUCAUCGUCAUCAUGUAUCGUCUCUACGUUUAGUCAUAUAAGCACUCAUACAGUCUUUGAAAAGUCAUUAUUAUUGUUGCUGAAGUUCUUCACGAGCUCCUCCAAGUAUUGUGCACUUUAAAAAUAGAGCCUUAUAAUGUGGUAAACUGACAACAACAUGACGUACUUGUCUCUGUAUAUAGAGCGCAACUGUGACUGCCGACAUUUUCCGCCUUGAAUAAUGCAAGUAUUUUUCCCAUUCAUUUUCUCCAUUAUUCACAACGUUUGAUUUAUACA